AAGGUUUUUCAUCCACCCGAACUCGAGUCGAGUCUGCAAAGCGAUAGCCAAUCGAGAGGACGUCCAUCUCCAAAUUCGUGUCGUUUUUACUCCGCGAUUACAGGAAUUCGCGACCAUAUUUCUUUUUCUUACUUUCGCCAUCCCAUCGGUGGAAAACAGUUUUCAUUGGAUGAAAUACGAAAAGGUGUAAUGGGUGAAAAAUAAGGUGAUUGUAGAAAUAGCUAAUUUAAUUCGAAGGGCAGUGAAAAAUUCGAAUUUCCGACAACAAAAGGCUUGCACAUUCAUGGAAAAAGGAAGUGAUUUUUCGGAGUUGGGCUGCGCCUGGCAUUUCCCGUUAUAACAACCGGGCUAUGGGGGACAAGUGAGAUGUGAAGGAAAAUUUUCAGUGCAAGUGCUAGUGGUGACAUGGACCACAUAAUGUGGUUCGUCUGGAAGUGAGAGUUUAAUUCACUUUGGCCAACCGGAAUAAAUUCCCUUCAGAAGGGUUUCAGUUCCAGACGUGGAAGAUUUGUGGCAAGAGGGAGUGGAACCAAUUAUUGCUUUCUUUACUGCUAGGAAGCUGUGGAGUCGAAAAAAAAGAAUUUGAAUUCAUGGUUGUAUGUAUGUGUGUUUUGUCCGAUGAAAAGUAGUGAGAAUACAAGUUAUUAAUUUGAAGGAAGUGAAAAUUGUGUUGCACAAGUAUAUCAAAAUAAUCACAUAUUAAUAAUUCAGUCAAUAAAAUGGUAUACCCAAGCCAGUAGUGGGCGGUCAGUUCAGAAAAUAAUCGUAUCGUAAAAGAGUGGAAUGUUGGCGACUAACUUCCGGCGUUGAGAGAAUCGUCUAGUUCAAGUUUACUUGUGCAGUAGAGACGACCGAUCAAUGGGAGCCCAGCAAGUUAAGGAGCGCUCCUCUGGCGGGGGCGGAGGAGGAUCUGGAGGGGCUGCAGUAAGUUCUUCCUCAACACUGGGUGCCGGUAGCUCAAUUCGGUCUAGCCGAAACAAGCCCCGAGUACCUAAGGACUCGCGCAUUCUUGGAUCGAACAUCUUCACAGAGCAUAGUGAAGCGCUGCUGCAAUCACGCCCACUUCCACAUAUCCCACCACCGGGCAGCCUCAUUCCCGCCGACAUGCUUGCUCAAAGUCAGGAUGGUACGGAAAACCACACCGGAACCAUGCACUCUCAAGGGAGCUCAAACACAGCUCAAUCAAAUUUCGAAAAUGCGAACCGGUGGACAUCCAAAGAAAAUCUACUGGCUCCUGGUCCAGAAGAAGACGAUCCUCAGUUGUUCGUGGCCCUGUAUGAUUUUAAAGCUGGCGGUGAAAACCAGUUGAGCCUGCGAAAGGGCGAACAAGUACGAAUACUGUCCUAUAACAAAUCAGGCGAAUGGUGCGAGGCACAUUCCGAUUCUGGCCAUGUCGGCUGGGUGCCUUCAAACUAUGUCACGCCGUUGAAUUCCUUAGAAAAACACUCCUGGUACCACGGGCCUAUUUCUCGAAACGCCGCAGAAUAUCUUCUUAGCUCCGGCAUCAAUGGAAGUUUUCUAGUGCGUGAGAGUGAAAGCUCGCCCGGACAGCGCAGUAUAAGUUUAAGGUACGAUGGACGUGUCUAUCACUAUAGGAUAUCCGAGGAUUCCGACGGUAAAGUGUACGUAACUGCGGAGGCUAAAUUCAACACGCUAGCAGAAUUGGUGCACCACCACAGCGUCUUGCACGAGGGUCAUGGACUGAUAACACCGCUGUUAUACCCGGCACCAAAGCAGAACAAACCAACUGUGUUCCCCCUGAGCCCCGAACCGGACGAGUGGGAAAUUUGCCGCACUGACAUUGUCAUGAAGCACAAGCUCGGCGGCGGCCAAUACGGCGAAGUGUAUGAGGCUGUGUGGAAACGUUACGGAAAUACAGUUGCGGUGAAGACACUUAAGGAAGACACAAUGGCACUCAAGGAUUUCCUAGAAGAAGCUGCUAUUAUGAAGGAAAUGAAACACCCGAACUUGGUACAACUGAUAGGUGUUUGUACGCGAGAGCCACCGUUCUACAUCAUCACUGAGUUUAUGAGCCACGGCAAUCUGUUGGACUUCCUUCGUUCGGCUGGCCGAGAAACGCUGGAUGCUGUCGCGCUGCUCUAUAUGGCCACCCAGAUUGCCUCCGGUAUGAGCUAUCUGGAAAGUCGUAAUUUUAUCCACCGUGAUCUGGCGGCAAGAAAUUGUCUCGUUGGCGAUAACAACCUCGUAAAGGUGGCCGAUUUCGGGCUGGCCCGAUUGAUGCGAGAUGAUACUUACACGGCACAUGCUGGUGCCAAGUUCCCGAUUAAAUGGACCGCUCCGGAAGGCCUAGCAUAUAACAAAUUUAGCACCAAGUCCGAUGUGUGGGCUUUUGGCGUACUGUUGUGGGAAAUAGCCACAUACGGAAUGUCACCGUACCCUGGAAUAGAUCUGACGGAAGUGUUCCAUCGACUGGAGUCCGGAUAUCGAAUGGAACGUCCGCCUGGUUGUCCUCCGGAAGUAUACGAACUAAUGCGCAAAUGUUGGCAGUGGAAUGCCCUUGAGCGACCCACCUUCAAGAGCAUUCACCACGAUCUAGAGCACAUGUUUCAGGAAUCGUCUAUCACAGAAGCGGUAGAGAAGCAAUUGCAGGGUGCCGCUCUUCCCGUUCAGUUGACACCGCAAAUGGGCAAGAAACCCCAGAUGGGAGCUCAGCAGCCUCCGCAGCACGAACCGGCUAUCACACCAAUUUCGGAUACCGGUUCCAGCUCGAAACUUAGUACGUUUUCAAACAAGGCUUCUACGGCAGGUGUGCAGAUGCGAAGAACUACCAACAAACGCGGGAAAACGGCUCCGGCACCGCCAAAGCGGACAAGUUUGUUAUCAUCUAGUCGUGAUUCAACGUACCGGGACGAGGACAGUGGCAAGCCCGGAGAAUGCGAACAGAAUACAAACGGUAUUAUACCAAUCACUAAAUCGACUUCUUGCAGUAGUUUCCUUAUCGAUAGGCUGUUUCGAGGUUUCACUCGAGAUCUCGCAAAUCUGGUCAAUCGAACCACGGAUUCAGAGAACGAACAGACGGAGAUCACACCCGACACAGACACGGACAGCCAGGAACCGAUUGGAAAUUUCCAAAAGUCCACCUCACAGCAAAGUUCCUUCAAGCGUGUUCCAAUUAUGGGCAAUCGGGGCCUAGAAACGCGCGGCAGUAAGCGAUUGCCUCAGGGAGCGCCUCGUAGAGAUCAAGUUAUUCCUGGGACAAUUCCAUUACCCACAGGGAUACCGGUAAAUGCGGCUGGACAACCACUUGUGGGAGCCUUGGAGGUUCAGAAUGUAAAGAAAGCCAUCAAUCGGUAUGGGACGCUACCAAAGGGAGCCAGGAUAGGAGCAUAUCUAGAGUCCCUAAGGCAGACUGAUGGAACGGUGGGCCAGCAAGUCCCAUCUCAAAUGCAAACUAAUUCAGUUCCUCCUGACCCACCCCCACCGAUGGCUGCCGCUACUGUGAUUUCCAACAGUUUACUAUCAGCGCAACGAACGGCAUUGAAGUUGCAGCAACAACAGCCGCAAAUGAUCCGUAGCAACUCAUCCAGUGGUGUAACCAUGGCAAAUUCGGCAACCGCUAGUCUUUCGAAACUGCAAAGACAUAGAACCACCACAGAUGGAUCAAUGAUGACAUUCUCUUCUUUCCGUGGAACUGUUGGAAAUAACAGUCCAAAAAGAUCGAUGCCACCGACGUUAGCGGAUUUGGAAUUUCCUCCUCCACCGGUUGACCUCCCACCUCCUCCAGAAGAAUUCGAAGUGCAACAACUUUUAGGACCACCAUCGGAAAAACUUCUUAAGCCGUCGAACGAUGUUUCCAACACUGAACCAAGUGUUGAAGAAGCAAGUUCCCGGUUUGGAGUAAGCCUGCGAAGAAGAGAACCCUCAACUGACUCCUGUAGUUCUCUUGGUAGCCCUGCAGACGCUAUGGUUCACAGUAGCGAACCGUCCGUUCCCAUUCCACCACCGCCCAGUCUGAAGGAGAAACUCGAAAUGAAACUUGCAGCCGAAAUUAAGGAAAAAGCAAACGUGCCAAAGUCAGUCCUCAAUGCGGAGAUUAACCACAAAUCGUCAGCUUCAUCCGAUCCCGUUUCACAAUUAGUCAGUGAACUGGCGGAAAAUAUGAAUUUACCAAAACCUCCUCCACCGCUACCACCAAGUGACGUGGCAACUCAUUACAAAUCUUCCGAUGUUAGUUCGCUGCGUAAGACCAAAGCAGCAGAAAAUAGCAAUAUCCCAACAACGCAGCCUUCAUUCAAGACGCAAUUGAAAAAGGUUGACCCAAAACGAAUCCCAAGUCAAAUACCCAAAAAAGAGGAAGUCGGUAAUAUUAUUGACUUCAAAUCUCGUCUGCGUAAGGUCGAAAAUAUAAAUGAACAAACUGCUACCAGCAAUGGCACUGCGAUCGGUGAUCCCAGUGCAACGAUUGGAUGUAGUGAUUCUAGUACCGACAAUAAUAAUAAGCUGCACUCGAACAGUGUCAAUAAUAACAAUUGUAACAUUCUAAAUAAUAACCAAUCCAUCAGUGACCAUUCAUCAAGUGACAGUGAAAUAAAGGGAAAAAAGAACGAUCUUCUGCGGAAUGGGACAAGCAAAAACGGUCCUUCACAGCCCGACUCGACCAACAAGUUAUUGUUGGAAAACAAUGAGAUCAACACACUGAAGUUGAAAAAGACAACUUCAUCAGUAGUGACUAGCGUGGCACCUAUCGAUAGCAAUAAAAUUAUCGAGUUGAAAAAGACUGAAAUUAAAAUUGAACUUAGUCAGGAGGAUAAGAAACGGGAAUGUUUGGAGAGUAAUUUGCUAAAAGCGGACGCUGGUGGAGGUAGUGGAGGAGAUAACUUAUCCACCGGUAGUGGAGGCACUGGGGACGAAGGCGAUAAACGGAAGAGUACCGGUAGUAUCAGCAGUUUGAAGAAACUGUGGGAGGCAAAAGAAUCGCCCAACGAACAGAAUACUCAGCUAAGUCCUAAGCUUGGUGUAAAGAGUGCAGCGAAUCUCAAACUAAACAACAACCCGGAUGAGGAAACAACUAGCGUUAACAACUCUAGUACAAUCGUAACGACAACGAAUAGUAAUUCCAGCCAAAAUGAUGACCAUCAACCAGCACCACAGUUGAUUACAGCGAAAAAACCUGCAGUUCCGGUAAAGCCAUCGAAAUUUACUUCCAUAUAUGCCACUCCUGUUCAAACGCAAGUUCCAAAUCCUGCACUGAUAACCUCAAUUGGCAAUGCCAACAAUACUACCACAUCGAAAUCCAACGAUAGCAAUAGUUCGCUUCUUUCGGAAAAAUCAACCGCUUCUUCCUCUUCCGGCCCCUCGUCGUCGGCGAGCCGCGAAGGAAUCCUCGAACUGGUGACCGUGCUCGAGGGCAGUCUGAAAAUUCCGGUCAACUCAAUAUCCGCCACCCAGUGGCUACAGUUGAGCGAACGUCUGAACUCUUUACAGUCCAGCUGCGUGACGUUUGCCGACAAUGAAACGUUACCCCCGCACACCAAGUUCCACUUCCGAGAACUGGUCACGCGGGUUGAGAACCAGUCGCGGUCGCUGCGAUCCGCCGGCAACAAGAACAUGCAGGACAACGAGAAACUAGUGCUCGAAGUUGGUCAAUCACUGAAGCAAAUAUCAAACGCGCUGCACAGGGACACUAGAAGCAGUCAGCUACCUAUUCUGACGUUUAGCUAGAGCUUUUGUGUUUCGGCAGUGAUUGACCGACCGGUGGCAUCAGAUAAGCAUAUACAUAUACAGCAUAUUUACCGAUAUUUACUACUACUACAACUACUAGUACUACAAUCAGUAUCAGUGAAAAUACAGGUAUUAAUUAGUAGUUUUGGCUAGAAGCAUAAACUAUUGUUUCUGUUUUUUUGCGGCGCGAUUUAAGUAAAUGAAGGCGGUCAGCGGAUUAAGCGACCUGCGAAAUUUCUAAAUUUGUUAACCAAAAACACCGAAUUGUAUCUAAAAUCCGGGAGCGGUACAAAAGGCCGAAUCACAAAAGGCCGAAUAACAAAAAGCCGAAACACAAAAGGCCGAAGAUGUUCUAACCUACCACAAAAGGCCGAAACCCGAAAAGGCCGAAUCACAAAAGGCCGAAUCACAAAAGGCCGAAUCUCAAAAGGCCGAAUCACAUAAAACCGCAAGUCCACAUGCAUCAGAAAUCGAAUGAUCUAAUCUGUUGGUAUAUGAUGAUACGUUAGUAUUGCCCAUGACUAAUAUUUUAAAAUAAAAUCGCGUUUAUAAAAAGCAUAGAUAAUAAAAGAAAAUUAAUAUAAAAAAGUCAGUUUGGCUAAAUGUAACCGCUAGCCACAACUAUUGUUUGGUUGUUGCACUGCGCCAGCGCAUACGGCGAAGCCAGUACGAUGCGGCCUAGCCGCAUAACCGAGGCCAAGGAUCCGAAGCGGCGUAAAGCCGCUGAGGAUCCGCCGGACGAGGUUGCCGCCGACCCGCCGUCGGAAGCGGCGGCCUCGCGCAAGCAAACCUGUGAUCCACUCGUUUGCCCGGAUUACUCAAACAUAGGGGCUUAAAUUAGUUUAAGUCCGACGGAGCGGAGCGAUGUCGGACAGCACUUGCCAUGAAGCGAUGUGGCGUAGCCACAUUAGGCUUCGUUCUGUUUAUUUAUUCUAGUAAAGCGGCAAAUAUGCAACGAGAAAAGUGUCGUAAAUAUUCCAAACAUUAUUAUUCUAUUGAAAAAAAAUCGUAAAAAAUCACUCUUAGAAAGUUUCCAGUUCCAACCGCUCUACAUAUUUACCAUUCUGAAAAGGUACAUCGACAUUUUGGAGACCCCGCUUUUUGGCAACUUCGUGGAAUAACUUCAUUGUGUUCUGUCUCGAGUUGGUGAUUAUGGAAUCAUAUUAGGCUUAAUGCAAGCAGUAGCCUGUGGAACAACGACCAACUUGCCGUGUUUAACAUUCUACAUGACAGGUAGUAUGGAAAGUUGUGCUCAAACUGAUAUUAUUUACUAUAUCAUCAUUGAAAAUUUUCAGUUUCAACUGCUCUACAUAUUUGUCAUUCUUAUUUGACCAGUCGGCUUAACGGCAUUCGGCCAAACGACAUUCGGCCUACCGGCUUUCAGCCUAAUGACCCAGCACCUUGAUAUUCGCUGCAUAUUUACAGCGAGAAAGAUGACGUAAAUGACGUAAAUAUUAUUUUCAAUGGUUCCAAUCAAAUUCUUUCAAAGGUUCCAAUCAAAUUGUUGAAAGCUUCGUUCAAAUCUUGUUUUUAGUUCCAAAGGCUUUAUUUCUCACCCUGUUUGGUGCAUUCGACCUAGUGUGCCUCGCCCUAAUGACUAUUCGUCUAUAUAUCCUUCGGCCGGAUAACCCUUUGACUAAUGACCCCCAGCAUCGUUCUAAUCUACUACAAAAUGCCCGAAAAGACCUUAUUAGAAAAUAUGUGAUGCGGAUAGCGCAUAUUUUAACGAAAAAUGGUCAAUCAAUGUUGAAUAGAUUUUUAGAAAUCCUGCCAUGUUAAUUAUUGUACUAUCUUUUCGGGUAUUUUUCCUUCUUUUUAACAUGAGCUGUUCUUUUGAAUUUAAUUUAAUUUAAUUAAAUAAAAAAUCAAUUAAAGCAGUUUUCAGCCAUCAAUUCAUGAUAUGAUAUGCACCAGCUCAUUAAUAACGCCAUGGGUUCCUACAAUGACCUUAGCGAUUUGAUCUCGUGCUUCGGCCUUUUGUAGUUCGGCCUUUUGUAAUUCGGCCUUUUGUGAUUCGGCCUUUUGUGAUUCGGCCUUAUGUGAUUCGGCCUUUUGUGGUUUUCGGCUUUUAGAGAUUUCGGCCUUUUGUGAUUCGGCCUUUUGUGCUUCGGCCUUAUGUGAUUCGGCCUUUCGUAGUACUCCCCUAAAAUCCACAUAAUCUGCUAUUGUAUUAUAAUCCAAAAUAUCUAUGCAUGACGUCUAACCGAUUUUAUAUCCAACCUUUACAACCAACACUCCUUCAGAGCAUCCCCCGGAUAAACUAUUUUUUGGCCAAGAAUGUGAAUACUAGCUGCCAUAAUAUCUCUAGUUUUGUCAUCUCAAUGCCAUUUGCAAGUUGGAAGAAAUCAGACAAGACGCAUUCUUAAUUAACAAAAAUAAAUAUCACCUUUCUUGCAACCGAACACUAUUUUUUAGCGGUCACCGUUUAUCACCAAUCAAUGUAACAGAAGGGAUGGGUCGAUGGAAAAGUCAUUAUUGAAUAUAUAUAUAUUUCCGUCGCUAAAGAAAAAGCAUGGAGUAACCGACUCACAACGCUCAAUAAAAUUGCCAAAUAUGAAAGUGGACUAAUUUUAAUUGAUUUUAACGGAUGGUCUAAUAGGUUUUAAAUCGAUUGAUCAAUUGACGAAGAAUGCGUAAACGGAAUCAGAACUGAAAUGUUAAAAAAUUACAUUUUAAUUAAAAUUUUAAUUGUCAGCAUUGUUUCUAUCGCGACUCAGUUGUUUUAAAGUUAUACAUAAGUUUGAACGCUAGCGUAGGCUUGAUAAAACAAUUCAUCUUCGAUAACUUUCCAGAAAUAUACUUCAACUAUAAAUGUAUAUGGAAUAUGGAAUGCAAACAAAUUAAGGCUACAUUUUAAGCCAAAGAGCUUAAGACUUUUCUUUUGAUUUGAUAAAACAUAAUUUUUCGUAUGAUAAAACCUUCGCUUCGUUGUAGAUUAUUUUACAGCACUUUUACGCGUGGUAUGGCGAAAUCAGAUACGGUACGUAGCUAAACCUGUAGCACAUCCAAUUUGUUCUUGCGUAACGUUAAGUUAUUUAAAAUUUAUCUCUAAUAGUAACACAGUAAAAUGCUAGUCGUAAACAUUUAUAUUCUAUCAAUAGUAGCGCUUAAAACAUACCACAAUGGAAAGGCAUAUUACUCUGUGGAUGGUUUGUCAUCUACAACAAACGAUACAAACGAUUCUCAUCCGCUGUAAUCGUGCAACGCAAUUCGUAAAGUUGCGAAAAAUAUAAUCGAGGAAACAUCAAUGUUCUAAGACCAUAUAAUACUAGCGUCUCUCUAGGAAUUUACCAAAAUAAUCAAAUGAUGAUAAAAUCAAACGAAAUUGAUGAACGCAAAAAUUACUAUAUAUUUUUAGAUAAACCGACAAAAAGAGCAUUCUUAAUCAUCCUUCGUCGUAAAAUUCAUACAUUCAUGCAUACAACAAGCUUACGUACAGAUAUUAUAAAUUUAAAACAGAAAACAAAGGGAAUAAUCAAAAAUCGGUAACUGCAAGAAACUGGUUCAAGUGUGAAUGAAAAUAAUCGAAUAAAUUACUCCCCUUGAAUGUGUAGUAGUGGCCCUAUCUAAAAGUAUGUAAAAAUAUGAUCAGCUAGAACGAAAACAUAAUAAAACCAAGUGAAAAUGCGUGAUAUAACAGAAAAUAUACACAUACCUGUAAGACAACCACAAGAUUACAACACAUACACCUAUUGCACAUUAAAGAAUGAACGGAGACAGCUGUCAAAAAAUCGAGCGAAAAUUCGUGAACCCGCAGAGAAGAACGAAAAUCAGUAAAUAAAACAUGCCAGCCGAUGGCAGUAAUGAGAAACAACAGAA